AUGGAGAACUGCGAACAGCGUUCGCGAGCGAGAAAAGAGAGGAGCGAAACAGAACAGCUGCAGUCUUCGUCCUCCCCCUGUCCUUCGGAUGCAAGUGAGGAUGACGACGCGCCACCCUGUCUCCUCCGUGCUUCUUCCUCUACUUCGUCUUCCUCUUCUUCUUCCUCUUCUUCCUCUUCCUCUUCUUCUUCUUCGGUGCCUGUGACCAUUAUUUCGGGACUUCUGGGUGCGGGUAAGACGUCUCUUCUUCGCGGCCUUUUGUCUGGCUCCAUUCCCCACGGUCUGCGGAUUCUCGCAGUUCAGAACGAGUUCUCAGUCGAGGGCGGCGUGGAGGCGCCGCUGCGCGCGGCCUUCGACGCCUCGCUGGCCUCUGGAAGGCAGCCGCCUCGCUCCGGUCUCGGCUCUGAAGGCGAGAUCAGCCGCCUCGAGCCAAGAGAGUCCGAAGAGGCGCUGCUGCCCGAGACAGUUUACCAGCUGCCCAACGGCUGCAUCUGCUGCAGCAUAAAAGACGAGUUGAUUCGCACGCUCGAGUCCCUGCUUGCGAAGUUUCCCUACUCCUUCGACUACAUCGUCGUGGAGGCAAGCGGGGUGGCGACACCCCAGCAGCUGGUCGAGGCCUUCUGGCUGGAUGAGCCUCUCCAGGAGCAGAUGCACUUGGACGGCCUGGUCACUUUAGUGGAUCCGAGCAACAUCCCUGGUGUCAGUUGGAAGUCGCCGGAAGAAGGCGCGGCGGACGCGAACAACGCGAGCCAGGCGCCGUCAGUGCAGACGCAAGACGCUUCCUUGCCGUCUCGCGCCUCUCCCGAACCUCCUCCGUCGAGUCGGGAGGCUGGUCAAGAAGGCGCGCGACCGCUCAAGCGGUGGGCGGAUUCGGAGUUCUUUCGCGACCUCUGGAUGCAGCAAGUCGUAUGCGCUGACAAGUUGAUUGUGACGAAGACAGACGUUGCUCGACAGAGCGAAGUCGAGGCGGCGACGCAGCUGCUGCAGGCGCUGAACCCUGUGGCGUCUUUGUCAAGAGCGGCUUUGAAAUUCGAAGAAGCGAGAGAGUCGCCAGGCCUGCAAAUCCACGACUUCUUGUUCCAGAGGGCGUACGCGACCGGGGCGGCUUCGCGGCAGAUGCGCGUAACAGAACCUCCCUUCUCAGCAGGACAGCCGCCGCAAGACGACGAGGCGGCCAGCGACUCUGCAAGGCUCGGGCGCCUUCGGGAGAGACUGGGAGAAGCAAAGACGCCUUGCAGAGGCCCGGGCAAUCCCUGGGGGAUUCAGAGUCACUGCAUUUCGCUGCUCGCAAAGGUGACUCGGAGCGAAGACGAAGAAGACCGGAGCGAAGGCCUCGGCCGGUGUGUAGACGCCGGAGAGCGGCGAGAGAAACGGGGAUGCAAGCUGGUGUCUCUGGCGCGGCUCGAGAGACUUCUCAGCGAGUUACUCUGGCGUGAGGAGCCCUCCCAGAACGUUGGAAACGCGGCUGGCCCUCUCGUCUUUCGGUGCAAGGCGCUUUUCGCGGCAUGGGUGGAGGAUGGCGCGAGGGAGGCGGAAGUCGAAGAAAGGGAUCAGAGAGGGGAGACCAGCGGAGCUGGCGCAGCGACGCGACCCCAGGGAGUGUGGGGGGUGUUCGAGCUUCAAGGCGUCGGUCGCGUCUUCGAAGUGAACCGGGUGAUAGAUCUGAAUUGUUUAGACAGCGUGAAGAGAAGACGCCCGGGAAGAACGCAGGGAGCGAUGAAACACAAACACCAUGGGGAAGACUGCUCCUGUCCGGCGCACUGUCCUCACACCAAAGAAACAACAGAAACAGAAGCAGACAGAGAGGGGGAGGGGCGGGAGGAUGACGAGGAGAGGCUUGAGAAUCACGAAGAAAUCAUUGAGAGCAGGUUUCUCUUUGUGGGGAUGGGCCUCACGUCAGCGGAGUUGCGAAGACGCUUGGAGGGAUGUCUUGAAGAACGACUUCUCGUGUAG